AAGCGAAGUAAGCCCCUCGAUUGUCAAAAUCAGCUGAUGCGAUGUGCAUCGUAAAAAAUAAAACAAAGGCCUGCAAGUGCAUCGGCGCCAAAAUCAGAAGAGCUCGCCCAAAUAGGUCCCAAACAUUCAGGAAGUCUGGUUUGCAUGUAUAUUCGUGAUUAAUUAAAGACACAGUAUAUUUUCGACGAGCGUGAUUCCGCACACUAAAUUCUAGACAAUCAGUUUCGUUAUCAAUUUCCUAUCCCAAAAUGGAACUAGUAAACUCGCCCCCUUCCUAUCACACCAGCAUCGCCCAAAAAUGCCGUUCCAAAAGUGCCGCCCACCACCGAUUCAAGUAUGGUUCUCCGAAGCUGGUGGACAUGAUGCGAGAGAAAUGUCGACUGCGAAUCAAGGAGGCCCGGAGCGAUCACCUGCUGCGAAAGCGCAACAUCGUUCAGGAGGAAAAAGCUCUACUGGAAUCGAUUGUUCGCCAGGAACUGUCGGAGCUGGAACAGGACAUUGAACUGCAGGAGCUGAUCUUCCAGGAGUUGAUUGCCGAGACAGACGAAUGGUUAUUCGAAGAGUACGAACGAUUCGGACGCUAUCAGAUUGACGAGUACGAACAGGAAGUGGUCUUUUGCCCGCUGUGCCAGAAGGAUAAACUCGUUCCUACCGGCGAUGGGAGUGUGAUGCGAUGUUCGUGUGGAACAGUGAUCAAACAUCCCGGUGGAAUCAUGGGGAUUGCAGCUGGCGUGAGGAAUACACUCGAAGAACACAGUCAGCGCUGCGAAGAGGAAGUGCAUUUCUUUCUGGAACCAGACGUUUUAGAUUGCAGUUUUGGAAGGUUAAAUGCGUUUUGCUCUAGCUGCGAUUAUUGCAGAAGUUUGGCUCAGUAGGGUUUAUUUUUGGACGUUUUUGUUCUGGUAUUAUGUAGUACGUAAGGUUUUAUUUUAUCAUUGUAUCAGCAAUUUGCAAGGAUUCUUGUCAAUCUAAUGAUUGCAGGUAUAUAUUUUUCUUUUAGCCGGCACGACUUUUUUUCCGAUCAUAUUUGUUAUACAUUUAAAAACAUUCUAAAUAUUCUGGAUUAUUCCACAUCAAUA